AAAUAUAAAUAAUUAAGAAAUACAAAUUAUAUAUGUACUUCUCUAACAAAUUGAAAACCGUGCGAAGUGCGACUACUCUGUUUUAUAAUCAGACAAAUUUUACCGGGUGCCGGAGAAGAUGUUAAAAGUUCGCAGCAUUUUCGUGCUGCAACGAAGAUGGAAAAGUGGCAAAAGGCGCUGGAAUGUGUUGCAGCACAAGAAGAACAAUUGCGAUCGGGCGCUGGAUAGCUUUGACGAUUUCUAUGGAUCCGUCUAUGGCGGACGAUGGAAAAAUAUGCGAGCCUCGUUGCUAACCGAGCACAAAUAUGUUGCCAUGGUGAACAAUUUUGGGGACACAGAGCAGACAUGCAGCAUGUUGGAAAUGGACGGCGCCAUCAACAUCAAAUCGCUAAUAAACCUGGCUAGAGAGCGACAGGGAAACGAGCCAAAUGUAAAGGGAGGGGAAACGCGUGCUCAUUACGAAAUCGAUGACAAACUCAAUGCAUUGCUGCGAAAACAACAAGAGCGCGAGGUGGCUGCCAUUUAUCCCACUGCAGCGGAGGAUGGACAUGUGCCGCCCCAGCAGCUAAACUAUGACAAUGAGAGCAAUCCACGGAGAACAGAAACCAAUCAACCAAGUGAUUCGCAUGGGUAUGAACCUAGUUUGACCAGAGCCUUGGAGGAGGAUGUGCAAUUGGAUGAGAGCCGUUUGGUUGAUCCACAAUUCGGCACUGGCGGCUUGUACGAAUAUAUGCCCGCCAAUAGCAUCAAGGGCAUGGAGGACUGGGUGGCCGAGUCGGAGCAUUAUAAAUAUUAUCAAACCAGCACUGAUUUUCCACUAAACAUCGAGCCAGAGGCCACAUUCAAGUAUCCCGAACAUUUGGCCAUCUACACAUACGAAAUGGGCAACUGCUCGGACUUUAAGGCACCACGGCAAUGUCUAACUGGUGUCCUGUCACACUUUCUAAUGGACGGCGCAUCGGUGCUGCCGCCUUUGUUCCUCCAGGUGCAGCCAGGGGAACGUGUGUUGGAUGCUUGUGCCGCACCAGGCGGCAAAUCGCUGCUCAUGCUGCAAACUCUGCAUCUGGAUCAGCUAGUCUGCAACGAUGUGCAGGAAUCGAGACUAAACAAACUGCGUCGCGUCAUGCAGGAGUAUCUAUUCGACUACAAACAGCGCUGGGCGGGCAAACAUUUGAUAUUCAGUCAAAGCGAUGCUAGAAAUUUGGAUGAAUAUGCGAGCUAUGACAAGAUAUUGGUGGAUGUGCCCUGCACCACAGACAGACAUGUGCUAAUGCACCAGGACAACAACAUCUUCAAGCCGUCGCGCAUCAAGGAACGUCUGCGCAUUCCGGAGCUGCAGGCGGGCAUCUUGGCCAACUGUCUGCGUUUGCUUAAGCCCGGCGGCAGCCUUGUCUACUCCACGUGCUCCCUUUCUCCCGUCCAGAACGAUGGCGUCGUCCACAUGGCACUGCAAAAAGUCUUCACCGAACAUGGGAUUACGGCUACGAUUAAGGAUUUAACCCAGCACACGGCUCUGUUUGGCGAUAUCUAUAAAUUUGAGCAGCCAAAGGGCUUAAAAUAUGGUCAAAUGGUUCUGCCAUAUUUACCAGCUAAUUUUGGUCCAAUGUACUUUAGUAAAAUUACCCGAAAUACAUAAAACAGUUGAAGAAAUCCAAA